AUGCUGUUCUUCGGCUUUACACUAGCCUUUCCAGUAUCAAUCACCUCGCACGAUCUAAUCGAAAGAAACAACAUGGCUGUGGGUGAGACCAAGCGGGCAGAGGCACCCAAGAUUUCGAGUACGCAAGAUGAUGUACAAAAGAGUUUGGUAAGCGAACUUAACAAAGCAGAGACAACGAUGUCCGGCCAGCCCGUCACCAAGAAUCCGACGAUUAAAGAAUUAUUGGGAAAGCUCUUUGGUUAUUGA